CAAAACCCACCCUUGACCUCGCCUUUCAUUUGUGAUUGGGCCUUCCCAAUCCUUCCCCAAACCGCCAGACAUCCUCACGACAUACAAAUUCCCGCCACUGGUCAACUUUACUAAUGGAAACCAGUGACCAUCCUUCUUCUUCAUCUCCAUCUCCAUCCAUCUUCUCCGUGCCAGAAUGGGAUUGGGACCAACCAAUGACACAACAACAACUCGAAGAACUGGACGCCAUUGAAUCUGCAUUUCGCUCUCAAACUUCCUCCUCAACCCCAACUUCCCAAGAGGCCGACGAUCGCCGGAAAAUCCGCCGUCGCUUGCCCAAUUCUAUUGGCUCUAACCGAUGUCCCAGCGCGUUCAAGGGCAGAGAUUUAAAUUCGUUUUCUCUGUCUCCUUGCCCCACAAACCGAUUCUUGAAUCUGUUUCAUUCUCCUUGUCAAGAAAACUUUAAGAUGAGAUUGCCAAAAAUAAAUUUUGGAGGCCACAUUGUAUAUUCCAGAACUGUUACUGAAGUAGAGAAAGCAACAGCGGAGCUUUUAAAGAUUGUUGAAACUAAGAAGAAGGAAUUGGGGCAAGCCAUUCUUGGAUUUGACAUUGAGUGGAGACCCACCUUUAGAAAAGGUGUGUCACAAGGGAAGGCGGCAGUUAUGCAGAUAUGUGGGGGUAAUAGUCAUUGUUACGUCAUGCAUAUUAUUCAUUCUGGAAUCCCGCGAAACCUGUAAUCUCUACUUGAGGAUCCUACAUCCAUAAAGGUUGGAGUUGGCAUUGCCAAUGAUGCUGUUAAGGUUUUCAAAGAUCAUAGUGUAUCUGUUAAAGAUUUGGAAGAUCUAUCCUAUCUUGCUAAUCAAAAGCUUGGUGGAGAUGCAAAGAAGUGGGGUCUUGGAUCUCUAACGGAAAUGCUUAUUUCCAAACAGCUUCUUAAGCCCAACAAAAUAAGAUUGGGAAACUGGGAGGCUGAUGUUUUAUCAAAGGCCCAACUAGAGUAUGCUGCUACAGAUGCUUUUGCCUCAUGGUACCUAUAUGAGGUACUAAAGAGCUUCCCAGAUACAGCCGAAAACAAAAUUGAGGAACUGGAAGGGGAUCUAAAAUGUGAGACAAGUGUGCUAUUGAUGGGUUGCUUGAGAGUACACCGUACUGUUGCUCUCUGUGCUUCAUUUGGUGGUUCUCUAGCUGCUAGCCUCAUCUUGGUUGGGUAAGAGUGGUUUCUGGGUUGCUGAUAGUCAUCUGUAAUAAUUGUGUCAAGUCUCUCAAUGUUAUGGAAAUAAUGAAUAUUGUAAAAGAUUAGACCUUGUGAAAGAGAUGGUAAAGUUGGUUGGGUGCA